AUGGAAGAUAUGCGAGGAUUGAAUGCCAAAUUGGACACUCUAAAACACCAAAUGGGUAGAAGGAGGGUAGGAUCAGAAAUAAAAAAGAAGACAUGGGAUCAUAAGCUGCAGGAGAAACACAAAACAGAAACGGUACUAUGUGAAUCCAUAAUGUCAAACAGAGCGCGACUGUUGGUGGAACUAGCUCGAAAUUCAGCAUCUAGUGCAGUAGCCUCUCACCAAGUGCCCAAAGACGAUAACAUUAACAAUUUUGCGACCCAAUUGAACGAUGCAUCAGAUCCUCAAAGAACAGAGAGCAUGGUUCAAGUGUCAGUUCAAGAUCUAUUAGGAAAUGCAGAAUUGGUAGAUAAUCCAAUUUUAACAGUCCUAGAAGUGGCAGAAAUCCCAAAAGAAACAUCGCAUUCCAAAACUGAUGAAAAGUUAUAUUAUUUGGAACAAAACACAGAUUCUGAUAGUGGUAUUGUACCAAUAAUUGACUAUCAGGAAGAAGUUGUAGCAGAUGAAGAAGAGGUCCAUGAUGCAACUUCAGAUACUGAAAGACAUUCAGAACCUGAUCCAUUUCAGGAAAGUGGCAGCGAGUAUCUGCCAACAGAUACUGACUCAGAAAAUAGUUUAGGAAACGAAAACGUUGAAAACCAAGGAGGUGGAAACCAAGAAGAUCGUCGGACACCGGAUGGAAGAACAAAACAACGUAAGAGUAAAGGGCAAAGAGAUCCAUCGCAAUGGAAACGAGCAAAAAAUUCGCAAGCGAGACUUAAAGGCCAUGCAUACAUGGGAUUUCAGAAAAAUACUGGAGGCAAGUACCAGCAAACAGUCUGUAGAGUUCAGCGCAAAGUAAAGCCGUCAUGUGGGGGACACAAAAAUGACUCUAAGGGACCACAACAAAAAUUUGAAUGUUUGCAAAUUACAAAUGAAAUGCGUAAUCAAAUAUUUCAAUCUUUUUGGGAAAUUAGUUCUUGGGAAGGUAAAAAAAUUUAUGUAAGUAGUCUUGUACUGCACUCUCAGCCCAAACACAGAAGACGAAACACUGCAGAAGAAGAGUCUCGAAAGAAUACAGGGUUUAAAUAUUAUUUAAUAACUAAAGAUAAUCCAGAGUCUACCAAAAAAUAUCACGUAUGCAAGAAAAUGUUUUUAGCCACUUUAGGUAUUGGAGAAAGAUGUGUAAGAGAAUGGGUUUUAAACAAAUGUUUACCAAAUAUGGAGCUAGGUAUUGAACCGGCUUUAGUAGAGCCACCUCAGGAUUCCGAAUGCACAAAAAAUGUUAAUCAAUUCUUAGACAGCUUGCCUAAAGUUGAAUCGCACUACUGUCGAGCAUCCACUAGGAAACUUUAUUUGGAACCCACUUGGAAUAGUUACAGACAUUUGCAUCGUGAGUUUAUUAACUAUUGUGAACGUCAAAACCUAAGAUCUUGUUCUUGGAGACUUUUCUAUAAAACUUUUAAGACAAGAAAUCUUGAAAUUUAUACACCUCGUAAGGACCAGUGCAACACAUGCGUGAAGUUUAAAAAGGGAAAUUUAAGUCAAGCAGAUUACGAUAGUCACGUUGCCAAGAAAGAACAGGCACGGUCAGAAAAAGAGCAAGACAAACAAGAAGCUAUCUCAUCAGAGGCAGGAAACUCAAAGUAUGUCUACACUAUGGACUUACAAGCUGUUCUUCUUUGUCCUUUUACCCAAGCCUCCGCCAUGUACUAUAAACAAAAACUGAAGGUUCACAACUAA